AUGGACCAUGCUGCUGGACUGGAAGUCCAGCAGCAUCCCAAUGGGCUGAGCAUCCCAUGCACAGAAUGCUCUCUUGGCACCUCACUGGAAUGCCACAGCAUGGUGUAUGUGACUAGAGGCAACGGCUGGGUGAUUGUCCUGGAGAUGUUUGCCGUUGUCAAACGAGCUGGGAAUGGAGGGUUGGAGUACAUCACCUUAAAGACCAACAACAACAAUGCAAUGACCAGCACGCUUGCCGGGAAUGCAUUUGCUUUGAUGAAUGCUUACAGGAUCUCCAAGAAGGAAGCAAGGAGUUUGAAUUACAACAGGUGGAGAUAA